CGCUCUACUCUAUUCAAAAUUCAUUCACAUUGAUACGUUAGACACGGUUGGUAGUCUAGAAACAAGUAAAUACUUUACACGAAAAUAUAUCAACGAAACAAACAAAAAACUCAGAAUGAAGCCUUCACCUUUGAUGACACGCAUUCGACAGAUUUGGAUUAUGACCGGAUGGUUGCGGCACGAGGCAGCGGCAGCCGCUGGCAUGAUGGUGGUGCGUCGCCAGGAGGGAUUAUCGCAGGAGGACAGUCAAGGCGAUGAGCCUGAAGCUGCAGCUGAGGCAAUGGUGGGCCAAGUGGGUGUCGAUACGGAGGGAAAGCUGCGCAAAGUGCGCAUUCUGGACGACUACAUUGUGCCCUUUGAGUGCGGUUUGUGAUCUAAAAUAUCUGGAGAUCAGCACAGAACCAAGCCAAUGUCCCUCCAAACC